AUGCUGGGAUACGUCGCCCUCUCCAUGGGUAUUGGAAAAGAAGAGAAACCCUCGGAAUCCAUGAAAAGCCCACUGAAGUCGCCAUCUGCUUCAACCGAGUCAGCGGAGGAAGUCGCAGAGCGCGAAGAUACUAGGCUAUGGCAUGCCCACGAUCGCAAAUAUCUGUCGCUACAAGACAUCUCCAUUGGAUUCAACGAGCUCUUGCUUCGGGUCUCCAAGUCCGAUGUUAGCUUGACCAGUGAGUAUUUCCCUCCUUACCAUGACCCGCGCAUUCAAUUCCCUCGCUUUUCGCUUGAUCGGCCGUAUUCAAAUAUUGUGUAUGUUUACUGA